UCGGAAUCAUUUGGCGACAAAGCUUCGUCCAGUUGGAGUGGAUGCAGUAGUAAUCAACAAUAAAAGUCAGUGGGCAAGGGAACGCGAAAAGUGUGUCAACUGGCAGAAAACGGCGUAUCAGGAAGCGCUCCUUUGGGCCAUAGCAACCGAUAGAUUCGCGCAAAAUCGGGGCAAAUUACGAAACCGGAAUUGAUUUUAGUCUCCAAUGCGAUGUAACUUGUGCCCCGGCCCCAAAUAAACCCCAAAUAAUUCAGAUUCAGCGGCAGUAACCAUCAGAUAUUUCCGAUGUUGACCCUGUAUUACGUGAGUGCCACCGUCCUGCAAUCCUGGCGAAUCCAGAAGGCCUGCUCCAAGAUCGCCGAGCACCUGGCACAGCCCUCGAGCAUCGCCUUCUAUGCCCUCCAGGCGGGCAGCGACGAUGGAUUCGAUCCCGCCCUGGCCAGCUCGGAGCUGUGCGGCAACCGGAACGCGGCCAAGGUCACGGACAUCCUGUGGCUGCACGCCAACCAGCGCGGCUGCUGUCUCCGUCCGCUGCAGACACUCCACAUCACGCCCUGGAUCAGCUUCCCGUCGGCGCCCAGCCUGCUGCCCUUUUCCUAUGCCGCCGACACCGUGACGCCGGUGACCACGCCCACGGAGGCGACCACUCCGCCCAGACAGCGGGUUUCGCUGUCCGCGCAGGGCGAGCAGCGGAUGCAGCUGCUCCUGGAGGCCCAUGUGGAGCCUCUGCAGCGUCCCAGCUCCCAGGACACCACUGGCGUACGGCUGGAAGAUUAUGGUAAGCUAAUUGCAUGGAAAAUAGACUCCCACCUGGCGGUGCUUAUCGAGACAGACGUCGAGCACUUCACGCAACUUUUGAUAACUACAUUCUUGCGAAAUAAUUUAUGCAUUAACGAUCAGCUGCCACUUUUGCGGAUUGAGUCGGUUCAGCGAGAAGGAGAUCCGCAACCCUUUGAGCUGCUGGCCAAUCACCUGAAGCGGCAGUCGCGCACAUCCGUCGGACUGGACAGGGAUGGCUGGAAAAAGCACCUGGAGGAUUUGCGAGCGGUCGGUGUGCUGGCCCACCAAGCCACUGAGUUCGAGUACCAAAGAAAUCGCUCCGAGGGAAGGGCCAAACCGGAUCUACUUGCCCAAGAGCAUCGCCAGACCCCUGAACCCGUGGCCAAGGCGGUUGCUGUGGUAGAGCCCACCAACAAAGCGUCCCUGUCGCCCGCAAGGAUCACUGAGAGUUCGCCGAAAUCUGAGGCCAAGGGAACGCCAACCAAACCUUCUCCUAUUAGAAGCGAGGCAACUGCCAAGAGCGAGACCCAAACCACUCCUGCUAAAAGCGAAAGCAAGGCAGCCAUAACCAAAGAUAACGCUAAGUCAACGCCAAGUAAAGAUGAUUCUAGGCCAAGUGAGCUGGAGAAGCUAGCGGCUGCACAGGCAGCGCAGCAUCAAAAGAUAGAGUGUGUGCAAGUGUCUCCCAUUAAGUCUUCUCCUUUGACCAAGUCAUCUGCUGUUGAGCCCACUAAAUCUUCAGCGGAACCAACGAAGCCUGCCAAAUCCUUUGAAGUCGUGAAGCCCUUAAAUUCGCCUCCGUCAUCCGGAGCCACUGCUCCUGCGCGUCCAGUGCUGCAACGGAAUAAGGAUAGCCUGCAGGAGAGCAAGCCGCUGAAUGUUUUAGUAUACUCGGACAGUGCCAGUGCCCGGGAAUCCACCCUGGCCACUCUGCAGCAGCUGCUGGAGCGGAAUGUUUACACCAUAUAUCCGCUGAUGCCUCAGCAAGCGGCCCAAAAGUACUGGACGGAGCAGACAGCGCUGCUGGUCGUCUGCGGAUCGGUGGCGCCAGGAAUUGGCCAGAUACUGGUGGAUUACUUUCUGCAGGGCGGAAAAGUGCUGAGUCUUUGCUCGGAUAUACUCCACUUCAUUCUGCCCAACUAUCGCACAGCGGAGGUUCGAGAGCACGAGUUGGUUCAGUUCUCCUAUGACAAGUGGCAGAGGGUCAAGAUGAUGCACCACAUCUUCUGCUACCAGCCAUCGCCGGUCAAGAAACACUUCUCCACAGACAGCGAAGAGUCGACCAAGUCGCAUUCCCGCAAACCAGCUCUAGUAUGUCCAAGGUCCAUGGAACUGAAGGAUCUGGCCGGUCACAGCCACAAACUGGAUGUCCAGGUGCUGGGCACCGAAGAAACUUGGAACACGCCCAGCUUGAUGUUGGCCAAAAGCCUGCAAAGUGGAGGCAAGGCCGUAUUCUCGCAAGUUCAUUUGGAGAUGAAUCCCAGCGAGUUUGAGUCGGAUGAGAUUAAGUACUCCAUUCUGAAACAAAACGAACGCACUCGCCUCGAGAUCUUCUCGGAUCUCUUGAGGAAGUACUUGGAUGUGCAGGUUCAUGGUGGUGAGGGGGAUCAAUCGCAGCCCGGUGUGGUGUAUCAGCAUGCCUACUUUUUGGGACGUCAUGAGGCCAAGUUUGAACUUCUGGAAAAGCUGCGUCUGCGAUGCAGUGGGUCCGACAAUGUCAUAGCAACGCCCAGGCUGACGAUUAAGUUCUGUGGCAAGGACGACAAGCCGCCAGUGGCCAACAACAAUGUCUUGCCCAUACUGAUACAUUCCUGUCCCGACGAUUUCUCCACCGUAGAAUACUUUGAUAACCUUAAAACAGAGCAAAUUGGACGACUUGUCAUCUACGCACCAGUGGUAAGCAGCUCCAUGCAUGUCAUCAACAACUUGGAGCUCAUCAAUGGCCUGGCUGUGCUUCCCGUGCAACAAACCUCUGGAGUUGGCCGCAGCAACAACCAGUGGCUUAGUCCCCCGGGCUGUGCCAUGUUCUCAUUGCAACUCCACCUGGCCAUGGACUCAGCGUUGGGCUCUCGGCUGCCUCUGUUGCAGCAUCUAAUUGGAGCGGCAAUUGUCAAUUCUCUACGUGGCCAUAAGCAGUAUGGGGUACUGGAUAUUUCAAUUAAGUGGCCAAACGAUAUAUAUGCAAAUGGGAAUCAGAAGAUCGGAGGACUCGUGAUUAAUACCACUCUGCAGGGCUCGCAGGCAAUCGUCAAUAUCGGCAGCGGAAUUAAUUUAAACAAUGCAAAACCAACUGUUUGCAUAAAUGAUUUGAUACGGGAACAUAAUGCCCGUGCCCCGAACAAGUUACCUAUGCUAACAUAUGAGCUAUUUAUUGCCAUGAUUUUCAAUGAAAUCGAAAGACUUUUGGGUGAAGUACAAAAUGGAGAUUUUGAUAGUUUUUAUGCCUUAUAUUACUCACUCUGGCUACACAGCGGUCAAACCGUCAAGAUUUGCUUACAAAAUGAACAGGAAAGAGAAGCCGAAAUUGUGGGAAUCGAUGAUUUUGGAUUUUUAAAGGUGAAACUACCAACUGGAACCAUUGAAACUGUGCAGCCCGAUGGAAACAGCUUUGACAUGUUGAAAGGAUUGAUUGUAACCAAGUACCACUAGUUAAUUGAAGCGAACGAAAUAGUUCAUAUUAAUCCCAAAAUCCAAUUAUUUAAUAGAAGCUAUUAGCAACUUGUAUUUCAUAGGCGCAUUUAGGUAAAUUUAUUAAGAACUUAUGUUCUAACAAAAAUUUACAGUGUGUUUCUCCAAAAGUGAUUUAACUGAAUUUAUUCUUACUUAAAAUUGAGAGAAAUGCUUUAAAAUAAUACGAAUUCCACUAAAUUGUGUACUGCCAAAUAUAAAUAGGUUAAUUGAAAUCUCCGAAAGUUAUAAGAAUUGUCCUGAACCAACACUUAUAUGCUAUGUAUCGCAGUGUUUUGAAGUACUUUGAAAGUUUAUCCUGUUCGUUACAAUUGUUAUUGGCAUCGACUUCUCUACGUAUUGGUGUUUUUGAAAUUUGACUUUAAUAAAAACGUAUUUGAUCA